UUACCAGCGCGACUGGGCGGUACUUUCACCGCUGACUACGUCACGCCUCUUUUCUUUUCCCCAAACACGUGUCCGUUCUGCUCGCUAGUUAGCAGUCGACGCAUGACAAUAUCGUUCCCUGUUUAUUUUGUUUAAAAUAUUACAAUCAAAAUGCAGAUCUGCAAUGUGUGCAGUGAAGAGACACCCAAAUACCGAUGUCCGGCCUGUAGAAUCAGAUACUGCUCUCUCAGUUGUUACAAGACCCACAAGACCAAUGAUACCUGCCAGCCCCUAAAACAGUCAGUCCCUCCUCCCGUUCAAGACCUAAACGGAGCAUACAGUGAUGCAGAGGAUCCCUGGACCGUUGAAGAUCUCCUUGAUGAUGACCAGACAGAUAAAGUACCACUUCAGAGGCUACGGCGAUUAGGCAAGUCGGAGGAGCUGAGAGAGCUGCUCCGAAACCCACAUCUCCGUCAGCUGAUGAGCUCUUUGGACGCGGCCGACAGCAAAGCAGACGCCAUUAAGACCGCAAUGCAAGAGCCUCUGUUUGUUGAGCUGUCAGAUCAAUGCUUGCAGAUUGUUGAGAAAAACUAUUAAAAAUGUACUUGCUGAGCAGAA